AUGAAUAAUUAACAAACAAUUUCAAAUAACUCCAAGUAAGAACAAUAGCCAGAAGAGGAAUCUUACGAUGAAGAAGAUGAUGAAGACUUAUAAGAGUACACUCAAUCGACUAAUCUAAAAUAAUUGUUCAAUAACUAAGAUUCCUUCAUGCAGCAAAUUAAUCUUCUGAAUGAAUAGGCCACUGCUAAAAUUAAGCAAUAAAAACACAAGGAGGCAUUGAAAUUACUGCAACAAUCCGAACAGAUGCUUGAAUUUGCAGCCAGCUGUGGUAGAGUAAUCGAUAGGAACUUAAUCAUUAUUAUCUUGUACAACCAAGCAUGUGCAUAUUAGUGUCAAUGGAUCCUUGAUAAAUGUUCUAAGUACCUGGAUGGAGUGAUCUACAAUAUGGAAAUUGGCAUCAAAGAAGAUGAGCAGGACUUGCAAACUCUCGCCAAUAUAGGCCUUUUUGGUUAAAGCCUAUUUACAAUAUACUGCAAUACUGAGUCAAUUAGGAAAUAAGCUUUGAUUAAUUCUCAAAAAGCAGCUCAAACUAUGAGAGAGCUAUUUAAGAUAGCCAAUUCUUUUUAUCAAUAGUGGCUGUAGGUCAAUGGUUCCCAAGAAACUGCUACAACCUCAUAAUCUAUAGUUUCAAUGAGAAAUGACUCAUCUCACAAUCUGGAUAAAAAGAAGAAGGGCUAAACUUAUCAACUCAAAGAUGAAAUUGAAUUUGGUAGACUUGUCAUUGACAGCGCCUCAGAUGUUCUGAAGGAUAUGAUUAAGCAAGAAGACUUAUCCUCUAUUCGAAUCGAUUAGAAAUAAUUACUCAGAGAAACAAAACGAUAACUGUACAAUUGGAGAAACAACCCAGAAAAUAAUGAAAAAUCAGUCAGAAAAGAAUUAAAGUUAGUCACUUAGAAUGAAGAAUAUCGAUCUUUGUUGGGUAUUCAAAACUUGGCUGAUUGGAUUAAGAACUUUAAUAUUGGGUCUAUUAUGCACAUGGCUCCUUAAAUUUACGAGGAUUUCACUUCAUUUGGGGAAAUGAUAUUUGAAUUGGCUAAAAGAUAACUAUUGGAAAAGGUCAUCUAUCUAUCAAUCUCGUAUUUCACUAUUGCAACUGAAUUGAGGUUUGUUGAAUUAGAAAAGGCUAAGCAACAUGGACUUAAGGAUGAUAAAAUAGACACUGAAGAAUUCAAACUCAGUGAACUAUACCAUCUUAAAUCAAUUGAAAUUGCAUGUAGACACAUCGCUUUUCAAUCACCAUACAUCUCUCAUUUAAUUACAAGCUAUCAUAAACAUUACAAUAUUAAUCUAGAUGUUAUCAGAGAAGAAUCAUUGUAAUCAAAUGCCUCUGAAAAAAUAAUAGAAGAGUAAGAGCAAUCGAAAGUUAAAGGCAAGAUGUUGCAAAUUUAAAUUAAUAGAGAACUUCCAAAUUCGAAAUUUGAAAAACAAGAUCAAUCUCCAAAACUCACUGGCAAUUUCAUUAAGUCCUUUCUUAAUUCUAGAUCCCCUCCCAAAUAGUCACAACAAUAAUCAGUCAAAAAUCUUAUUAGUGAUACAGUCAAAAUUCAGACCAAUCUCUUAGAAUAAAUGAUUAAUAAAAAAAGAGGUUCCGACUCCUCUCCCACCAAUUAGAGAAACCCAGCAAAAUAGUAGAACUAAGCUGAUUUUGAUUUCAGUGUCUAUUUAAAAAAACAAUCUAACCCUUGCAACACCAGUAAUCUAAAUACUGAUGCUACCUCAGACAUCAUCAACAGUGUCAUGACUUUUCAAUUAUAGCCAUACAAGAACAACACUAUCAAAUGCAAUCUAACUAAUAUGCUUAAACAACAAAGCCCAACCAAUAAUAACAACACAUAAUUGAAGUCCUUACUUUCAGAUGCCUGCAGAACUGAGAGAUAAGUAAUGACUGAAUAAUAGAACUCUUACACUCCCAUUAGUUAUAGAGUUAAUAAUAGAUCUCCUGAUUCAUCCUAUCUCAAUGCCUAAAAGUAGCGAUAGUAGCAAUUGCAUCAAAACAAAACACCACAAAAUAGACCAAGAACGAACACUGAACAACAAUAUCCAUAGCCAUCUUUUCCAUUAAAAUUAGAAACCAUUCAGUAGUUAUUAAAAAGCAAAGCAAUUAAUAAUCAGAAAAUCAAAUGA